AAGCCAUUUCUAGCACAACUUUGAUCCGGAAGCUGGACGUCUAGAACACGAGUCGUGCUCUCCAUGCGGUGCUUACUGCGUAUCGACACUCACGCUCGACGCAUGAGAAGGCCUUGUUGCCACAACUCGCAACAACACUGUUUCAUGUGAACAUCAUCAUGCACAUCUCCAUCUCCUCAGUGCGCAAGGCCUUCCGACCGAGCGGCAAACAGCUGUCAUGCUCUUCUUUCGAGAUGAUUCAAGCUGUUAUCUCAUUUGAAACUCUACCAGAAGAUAUACUCUACCAUAUUUUCAGCUACCUAUCAGUAACGGAAAUCGUGAGGUUGCAAAGGGUGUCCAAGACACUCAAGUCAGCCGUGCUUCGCGACGCAACCUGGUUUAAUAUAUACCGUACUUCCUCACGUCCACGUAUUCCCGCAUUAUUGUCCACCAACUCCGCAAGCUAUCUUCAGUCGUGGCUAACUUCAAGUGAGAAAUUCGAUCGCUGGUGCUCAAAUGGCCCACGAGAUGGGAAGAUGACCAUGGACAAUAAGAGAUAUAAUUCCCGAGCACUGAAUUUCGGCAACAAAGAACUUCCACUCCCUGGAGUCGCUCGCAGAAGAACGGUCGAGCUCUAUCCAGAUGCCACCGGGAAUCACACCCCUUACGGCCUCAUUUUCAGCCGUUGGUUGAUUGUCACCAGCAUCUGCUCUUCAGAGGCACCUGUCAGGUGCUUUGACCUGGAUGCAGACAAAGGAAAUGACCCAGCCGAAGAAGCACCCCUGCAGCUCUAUGCUAAACAUUCGACUGUGUUGUACACGACUUCCGGCAUGAUUUUUGACCUCCGUUGCGUCCAAAGCACGCGAACGAACGGAGAACGUGUUGCAUUUGUAAUUUUGGUGGAGAAUUUUUUUGCAUUGAAGGUGUUUCAAUUCCAUAUCAGCUCGAAAGGCUCUCAGCCACACGUCGUACUUCAAGAUGUUUUUACAAGGCAUGACAUGCAUUUAUCUAGUCUUCGAGAGGUUUCGCUUGGUCCGAGGUUAAUUGCCAUCAAGUACGCGCGAGGUGGUACUUUCAGGAGCCCAGGACCCAAGAGUGACCACAUUCUCUGCCUUGACAUUGAAACGUUCACAACAUUUACUGUGACGCACGAUGAUGCUGCUUCACCGAGCCCAGUCGAGUCUAUGCUUUCGUGCACCUCGCACUUGCUGCUGCUGCGCGCGUCAUCGACUCACACGUUGGUCGAAGCAUAUGAAAUCCCUCCAUCCCAACCCAACGAGUGCAAACUGCAGGGUUCGGCUAACGAUCUUAAUCCAAAUACGUCUGCAGGUCGCCUGCAACGUAGCCACGAGGGUGUCGUCGGUAGCAAGCUAUCCAAUGUAGUCAUUGUUCACGACCCCAUGUUUCCUUAUUCUCGUUCUGCCGCCAGUGGCGAAGGCAGCUAUCACGAUGACGAAGGCGUCACAAUCACCGCCUCGUUCCACAAUCGCACGGAUGACCACAAAACAUUCCUUGGUCUCGUGCGACUGACUUUACUACCCCGGGAUAGUCUCUCCAGCGGGGGCAUCGCCACUAGGAUAUUGGGCUCACAUAUACAUCCUACGGAUCCCUCCCCGCCUACAGUAGUCAUGGACUCUUCAUUCAAUGGCUCAACAAAGGGCUUCGUUUUCUAUCCUGAAGAAGUCACAGAAACAUCAUUAAUACCUAGGUUCCGCGUACGACCUGCACUGAGCGUUCGUUCGCCACAACCUCCUGAAGCCGAGUUCAUCUCCGUCAUGCUUGGGGAGGGAACGGGGGAGAGAUUGAAGAAGCGUCGGGAGAUCACAUCGCUGGUACGAACUACCGCAGCAUCUCUACGAUACACCGACUUUGCGUCCGGUGACGAGGAUACCUUGGAAGAGGCACAAGCUGCUAGAAGGGCACGGGCAACAAUACGCGUGGUUCCAUGUCCACUUCCGGUCGAUGGUAUUUCGGCAAGAGAUAUACUGUUCGACGGCUGCACAGGUCGAAUGGUUUGCAAGCGGCCCGUACGUGUCGCUCACAGAUGGAUGAAGAGGAUCGAGGUCUGGGAUAUCGUUUGAGGCGCUCGAUGAGCCCAAAGCAUUCUAAUA